AACCAUUCAUCAAUGCAAACCAAUCGUCCACCUAUCGGUGGUAUGGAAAAGCUGAACCGUGCACGCUUUGAAUGAAGUAACACGAACAAUGGCAGCCACCGACACAGACAACAGCUUCAGGCUACAACAUGUCAGCCCCCCGGACGAGGAAGUGGCCGAGGCGCAGAACGAUGACGAACGACAUAACGGCGGUGGCAGCAACGAGCAUCGCAGGAAGAGAGUCCGCUCCCUGCUCGGCUCGUCGAUCCUGCAGCUCCCAAUAUGGGGCUUCGCGAUGAGCUACGGCGUCCUACAAGAGUACUUUAUGAGCGACUGGGAGCUCGAAGGCCCGGUGGAGAUCACGGGCACAAUCGGCACGACGUUCAACGGGGUGACCUAUAUCUCCAUGCCCAUCCUCUUUGCUUUAUUCGUCCGCCGAUGGUCUCAGUGGCGCCGCGCCGCAGCCUUUGCAGGCGCCGGUCUCCUCACGCUCAGCCUGCUGGCGUCGUCAUUCAGCACAAACGUGUGGCACCUCGUGGCCACUCAGGGUGUGCUCGCCGGCUUUGGAAGCGCGCUCAUCUUUAGUCCCACGACACUCACGCUGGGCGAGUGGCACCAGACGCACAACCGGGCCAUUGCCUACGGUGUCACGCUGUCGUGCAAGAACAUUGUGGGAUCGGCCUGCCCGUUCCUCUUCCGCGCGCUGCUCGACAACUACGGCUUCCGCACCGCCUUGCGAGUGUGGCUGGCCAUAGCAGCCGCCUCGAGCGUAGCAGCCAUCCUGCUCAUCCCUGCUCCGCCAUCUGCAGAGACACCCGUGGCGUACCGUCCACGCAGCAUCCCCUGGCACUUCCUCCGCCACCGCACGUUCUACGUCUACAGCGUGGCGAUCCUGCUGCAGAGCUCCGGCUACGGCAUCCCGCAGACCUAUCUCAGCACGUACGCGCACGACGUGGCGGCGCUGUCGCAGUCCUCGGCCACUUUGCUCCUCACGCUCUUCAACAUCCCCGGCAUCGUGGCGUCGUACUUUUUCGGCUACCUCAGCGACAGUAGCAGGGUGUCGCUGUCCGCGUCGUCGGUCUGCCUGCUCUCGCCCCUCGCGUCAGCCCUCUCGGCUUUCCUGCUCUGGGGCAUGGCGGCGAACGGCAGCAUGGCGGUGCUUGUGCUAUUUGCGCUGAUCUUUGGUUUCUUCUCGGGCGGCUACAGCGCCAUCUGGGGCGGCUUCAUCAACGAUAUGGCGGGCGAGGCGGCUGCCCUCAACGAGGCAAUUGACACCGGCAUGGUGUAUGGGCUCCUCAAUGGCGCGAGGGGGAUCGGGUAUGUCAUCGGCGGUCUCGCGUCUGUGCCGCUGCUCGCGGUGGGCAGCAGGCAGAGUUUGGGGGUCUUUGGAUAUGGCUCGGGGUAUGGUCCCUUGAUCAUCUUUACGCGUCUGACUUCGGCUUUUGGAGGUUGGGCGGUGUUUUGGCGGACGAAGAGGCUUUGAGCCGCGUAGUCGUGUCUGUUUCUGGCACCCUCGCCAAAAGACAGAUAUCCUUCCACUGGGGGAGGUCGAGUCUGAAGUCAUGCGUGGUCAGGGUAAGAGGAGUGCAUGAGUUGAGGAGUACAUUAUAAUUAUAUUCCCGAGAAAGAGCAA